AUGCCAGAGGGUUGGAAAUAUGUCAAGAAAGAAGGAAAUCCCCCACAACUACAUUCUGGAGUGGACUAUGUAUCAAAAUGGGUGAAAGCCAUUGCAACUUCAAUCAAUAAUGCAAAUAUCGUCCUUCAAUUCCUAAAUGGAAAUAUUUUCAGUAGGUUAGGAGUGCCAAAAAGUUUGAUAAGUGAUGGAGGUAGCCAUUUUUGUAACAAGUAUUUGAAUUUCCUCCUUCAAAGAUAUGGAGUAACUCACAAGAUUGCAACAUCAUACCACCCUCAAACAAGUGGUCAGAUUAAGAUAUCAAACAGGAAGCUUAAGAGGAUGCUUGAGAAGAUUGUAGGAGCCACCAUAAAAGACUGGGCGAGGAAGUUGGAUGAUGCACUAUGGGCCUAUAGAACGGCAUUCAAGACACCCAUCGAAAGAUCUCCCUAUCAAUUGGUGUAUGAUAAGGCAUGUCAUCUCCCAGUGGAGCUAGAGCACAAAGCCUUUUGGGUCACUAAGUUUCUAAAUUUUGAUGCUCAAGCAGCUGGGGAGAAGAGGUUGCUACAACUUAAUAAAUUGGAGGAAUUCAGACUAAAAGCUUAUGAGAGUGCUAAGGCAUACACGGAAAGGAUGAAGAGGUGGCAUGACAAGAGAAUAGUCAAGAAAGUCUUUGAGCCUAGUCAGAAGGUUCUAUUGUUCAAUUAUAGACUAAGACUCUUUCCUAGAAAGUUAAAAUCCAGAUGGUUUGGCCCAUUCUUAGUGACCAAAGUUUCACCUUAUGGACAUGUAGAGGUGAUGGAAGAAGAUUCAAAGAGGACGUUAACAGUGAAUGGGCAUAGACUCAAGCAUUACUUGGGAGGAGACUGA